AUGCGCUGGGCGCCCCCGCUGCCGCGGCUGCUGUGGGCGCUGGGCGGGCUGGCGCUGCUGGGCCCGGCGCCGGCGGCCGAGGCGAUGUGGUCGGCGUGGCUGAACGUGUCGUGGACGCUGCCCGGCAGCAACGAGAGCGACUGGGACGCGUCGGGCGGCGGCCUCUUCGGGCAGGACUCGCCGCUGCGCCGCGUCGCCGGGCCGGUGGUGGCGGCGCAGCCGGGGCCCGACGGCCGCCGCGACGCCUGCGCCGCGCCCGCCAACUUCAGCGGCGCGCCCGGCGCCUCCGCCGCCUGGCUGGCCCUGGUGCAGCGCGGCGGCGGCUGCACCUUCAGCGACAAGAUCCAGGCGGCCGCCCGGCACGGGGCCGCCGCCGCCGUCAUCUACAACGCCGCCGGCGGGACCGGCACCGAAGUCCAGCCCAUGAGCCACCCCGGUACAGGAGACACCGUUGCCAUUAUGAUUAGUUAUUCGAAAGGCAAAGAAAUCCUUCGCCGGAUUGAAAAAGGCUACCACGUGACGAUGGUUAUUGAGGUGGGGAAAAAGGCCGGAUCGUGGAUGAAUAACUACUCCAUCUUCUUCGUUUCUGUGUCCUUCUUCAUUGUCACAGCGGCCACUGUGGGGUACUUCAUAUUUUAUUCUGCUCGAAGGCUGCGGCUUGCAAGGGCUCAGAACAGGAGACAGAGGCGGCUGAAAGCAGAUGCCAAGAAGGCUAUUGGACAGCUUCAGCUGCGCACGUUGAAACAGGGAGACAAGGAAACUGGUCCUGAUGCCGAUAACUGUGCUGUGUGUAUCGACGCCUACAGGCCAAACGACGUUGUGAGAAUCUUAACGUGCAAUCAUCUCUUCCACAAAACCUGUAUCGAUCCGUGGCUGCUGGAGCACAGGACCUGCCCCAUGUGUAAAUGUGACAUACUCAAAGCUCUGGGAAUUGAGGUGGAUAUAGAAGACCAAGGGGAGUCUUUCCAAGUGCCUGUGUCCAGUGAAGCACCCAACACCACUUCAGCCAACGAAGAGGAUAAUCAUAGUGAGACGGCGUCAUCCGGAUAUGCCUCCGUCCAGGGAACUGAAGAGCCGCCUGGGGAGGAACCGGCCCCUUCAGAGAAUGACCACCUCCGCCUUGUGAGCAACGCAUCCCAACCUCCCCCUGUAGACGUGCUUCCACAUCUUGACAAUCCAGGCUUUGAGGCAGAUGAAGUACAAGUGCAUGAAGCAAAGUCCUAAACAGCUGUUGUACUAAGACUCCUCUCCACUUGACAUACCGGCCUCAAACAAAGACGAAAGUGAUAAUAAGGCGGAUGUAGCAGCAACGUUGCCUUUGCUAUUAAUGCCCAAUGACAUUAAGUGACCUGCCCGUUAAAUUUAUUUCCUUGUGGGUUUGUUUUAGUACAGAUCUUUCCUUCCAGGAGACCAGGGAAGACAAAAUCUUCACACACAGCCCAUCUGAGCACAACCACUUCUUCAUACAGUGGGAUUUCAUUUGUUCAACCUACAAAAACAUAACACUGUACAUUUUUUAGGGGGAAAAGUCUACUAGUUUUUAAUUAACUCUCUUAACUGAGUGAGCUUUCUUGAGCAUUUGGUUUAUAUAACCACAAGGGUGUGUUACUUCUCAGGAUCGGUCUGGAUGAAUAUGUGUUUAAAUAACGUAGAGUGGCCUUAGAUUCAGUCCUUAAACUCUGGGGUUCGCCUCUUGCUGCAUUACGUACUAGACCAAACAAAACAAAACUUGUCAAACAGGUACCAAUACCUACCAUAAAAUAAUUUGGAGAUUCUCUGCACCUUCUUCACCAGAUUAGAGUGAGUUAAUUUUUGUGAAACGAAAUGCACAUUCCAGAACCAUUCAAGAUACUUGAAUAAAAGGUUAAACUUAAAUUUGCACAUUUACCAGGAAAAAGAGCUACAUAAAGUCAUACACUUUGCCCACGUUUACUGUGAACUGCUCCAAGGCUUAAGUGGUGUGAAAAUGGCCACGUGGCCCAAGAAUCUGUCCAAUCUUUAGAUAAUGCUGCUCUCAGCUGUGUCAGAGGCUGAAGAUCUGUCACUCAGAGGUAAUCUUUGUUGCUGCUACGCUGAAUAAAGAUACCCAAAGAAAUCUGUUCAUAUUCAGAGUUGGUAAAGUGAGAACAUGAAUAAAGUGGCAAUGAAUGAA